GAGAGGCAGCUGAAGAGGAGACGCGAGCAAGGAGGCGGCUUGGAAACGGGAGUCUUGACGUCUUUCUUUAGCUUUGGGGAGGCGGCAGCAGCAAUUGCGCGGCCCAGGUUCCCGAGCCAGGGGUGGGUGGAGUGGAGCGGUGCCUACCCUGCAGGGAGAGAGGGGAAGCUCAUCUCUCUUCACUGAGGACUGCACUACUUACCUCCUGCUGAGCCCAUUCGCGGGGAAAGGACAGAAUACAAGUUAACAUAAAGAAAUAAAUUUACAUGUGAACAGCCAUUUUGCAAAAGAUUCUCGGCGUGAUUGUGCGCUUGAUUUGAAGCGGAGUCCUUCAGGAGCUGAAUUUCCUUCUUCCAUGUUUCAACUGAGUGAUGGAGACCUUGCGUGUGGAGGUGAACAUGUCUGUAGAGGAAGGAGCAGUGAUGGCCACACGGCUGGAAACUGUCCCCAACUUCAAAUUAUGGGCAGACUUAGAGGGAGCAAAGCCCCCUCACAAUCUACAUGUAGGGAAUAUUGGAGAGUUGCCAACAGCAGCAGCUCCGCAUCAGAUAAAAUGUGAACCAGAGGAAGGGCUGCAGGAACGCUGGGAGGCCCAGUGGCAGGAGUUUCUGAAGAGGCUGCAGGCCCCUGGCUCAGGACGGGGAAACCCACAGGGGGCCGAUAAACCCACACUAUGGGAAGACGCUAAGGCUUUCCUGGCCUCUUUUGAGCAAGUUGCACUGGCGUGUCAGUGGCCUCGGGACAAGUGGGCUAUGCUUCUCCUACCAGCCCUCAGUGGGGAAGCUGAGCAGGCCUUCAACAGCCUUGGUGUGCAGGACAGAGAGGAUUAUGGGAAGGUGAAGGCGGCCAUUUUCCGAAGAGAGGCCAUCACCAGAGAGAGGCAGCGUCAGCGCUUCAGGCAGUUCCGCUAUCAGGAAGCAGAGGGGCCAAGAACAGUUUAUGGCUGCCUCUGGGAACUUUGUCGUCAGUGGCUGAACAUUGAUAGAUACACCAAGGAGGAGAUCUUGGAACUGCUGGUUCUGGAACAGUUCCUGGCCAUCCUGCCCCAGGACAUGCAAAACUGGGUCCAGGAAUGCACCCCUGAGACCUGCAUGCAAGCAGUGGUCUUGGCAGAGAAUUUCCUGGUAAGGCAGGUGGACAUGGAAAGACUAAAAGAUCAGGUUCCACCACCCACCUCUUGGACCCAGCACCUCUGCAGGGAAGCCAAGCAGGAGGAAGCUGGAGAGGCAGAAUCACUGGGAGUUGAACAGACCUGUGAGGAUCGAUUUCAGCAGGGUGACCCAGAGCAAAUGGAAUCGAGACUUGCACGGCUAGAACGAAGCCAGGUUUUUCAGUUCUGUGGUGGGAGUGAAUUAGAGCAUGAAAAGGAAGGUGUAGUAGACAAAGCAGAAGGUAAAUGUGAUCAGACGGGAAGCAGAACAAGCCAAAACAUCCACCUUUCUGGCAGAAGCUUCAGAUGGAGCUCAGAUCUCCAAGUGCACGAGUGUACCCGAUCGGGCAGAGCAUAUAAAUGCACCAAGCGUGGGAAGAUUUUUGGUCAAAAAGGAGGUCUUAAGAGAAAUGAGAGAAUUCACCUGGGAGAGAAGCCAUUCAGAUGCUCGUUGUGUCCAAAGAGUUUCACGAGCGGCUCCAGCGUCAUUGUGCACGAGCGAAUCCAUAAAGGCAGGAAGCCAUACAAGUGUUCCACGUGCGAGAAGAGCUUUGGCCGCAAGGGGACACUCACCAUACACGAAAAACUCCACGCAGCAGGGAAACUGUAUAAGUGUUUUGGGUGUCCCAAAAGUUUUGCCGACCGCUCCAGCCUCGUUGCCCAUGAGCGAGUUCACCGGGGAGAGAAACCCUACAAGUGUUCCAAGUGCAGGAAGGGUUUCAGUCAGAAGGGGACCCUGACGAUGCACGAAAAAAUCCACUUUGGAGAGGAACCUUUCAAAUGUUUGGAAUGCGGCAAGAACUUCUGCCGAGCCACGAAACUGAGAGACCACCAGAGGAUCCACACCGGGGAGAAACCGUAUCAGUGUCCGACGUGUCAGAAAAGUUUCACGGACGGCUCCAACCUCAGUAGGCACGAGAGAGUUCACACGGGGGAGAAGCAGUUUAUAUGCUCCGAGUGUGGGAAGAGCUUCAACCAGAAGGGAAACCUGCUGAUACACGAGAGGAUCCACACUGGAGAGAAGCCGUUUAAAUGUUCCGCGUGUGGGAAAAGCUUCAGCCAGAAGGGAAACCUUGCGAAACACGAAAAAACUCACACCGGGAGAGAAACAUUAUAAGGGCAUUUGACUCUGAACUGUGCACGGGAUUGUUGUACUCGGCCCUGGCCCCAUUCACAUUGAUUUGGAAGGAAGGGCUUCAUUGGGCUUUAUUUUCCAAUUGGAUCUUGAUAUGUGAGGACACCUCCAUAGGGAAUUGAGAAAAGCAGGGUUUUUUUGUCAUGCAGGGAAAGUUUAUUUCCCCCCCUUGUAAAUAAAAAAAUUAGAAAAUGAA